CUGUUCACCGAUGGCAUCACCAACAAGCUGAUCGGCUGCUACGUGGGGGACACGCGGGACGAUGUGGUGCUGGUGCGCAUCUACGGGAACAAGACGGAGCUGCUGGUGGACAGGGACGAGGAGGUGAAGAGCUUCCGAGUGCUGCAGGCCCACGGCUGUGCCCCCCAGCUCUACUGCACCUUCAACAACGGCCUGUGCUACGAGUUCAUGCAGGGAGAGGCCCUGGAUCCCGAGCACGUCUGCAACCCUGACAUCUUCAGACUCAUUGCUAGACAGCUUGCUAAAAUCCAUACUAUUCAUGCACACAAUGGAUGGAUCCCUAAAUCCAAUUUGUGGCUGAAAAUGGGGAAAUACUUCUCUCUCAUACCCACAGAAUUUGCAGAUGAGGAAGUAAAUAAAAGGUUCUUAAGGGACAUUCCGAGUCCUCAAGUUCUUCAGGAGGAGAUGGCCUGGAUGAAGGAGAGACUGUCAAAUUUAGGAUCACCAGUGGUGCUCUGCCACAACGACCUGUUGUGUAAGAAUAUUAUUUACAACAAGAAGAGAGGUGAUGUGCAGUUCAUAGACUAUGAGUACUCUGGCUACAACUACCUGGCUUAUGACAUUGGAAAUCACUUCAAUGAGUUUGCAGGAGUAAAUGAGGUAGACUACAGCCUUUAUCCCAACAGAAAAUUACAGGAGCAGUGGCUGAGAUCUUACCUGGAGGCCUACAAAGAAUACAAAGGAUUUGGCACGGAAGUCAGUGAAAAAGAAGUUGAAGUUCUGUAUGUCCAAGUCAAUCAGUUUGCACUGGCUUCACACUUCUUUUGGGGACUGUGGGCUCUAAUUCAAGCCAAAUAUUCCACCAUUGAUUUUGAUUUUCUAGGGUAUGCAAUUGUUCGGUUUAACCAGUAUUUCAAAAUGAAACUGGAGGUCAUGGCGUUAACUCUUCCUGAGUAACGAAGAGGAGGACUCUUACCAAGUGGAUAGACAACCCCUGAAUCUUUUCUCAGAACAGAUACUGGAAAAAAGCUAAACAUUUGUUGAAGUGCUGUAAUGCUCACUUGGUGGUUCUUGCUUUAUAAAUAAUGCCUCUAGACAGUCCUUCAAUGUUAAAUUUAUUAUGAAGAACAUACGUACUGCUGUUGAUAUAAAACGGAUUAGAAACUUGCUAAAUCUAUCAAAAUUUGUAGAAAUGGCAAUUUCAUCCUUCUUUGUAAUUUAACAUAUGUUGUAUGUGAAUUAUUUAUUAUACGUUUAACAUGAUUCCAUUGCUGCUUUCAUCGGUUUGUGUUAAAGUUGGGUGCAGACAGUGAAGUUGUUCCAAAGGAUUUAACAACUUAUUGAAGUUGCGUUCACUUAUGCAGAAGAAGACAUGUCAGAGACAUUUGUUCUUUUAGAGGCCUGUGAGCAAAAGGAGUGACAUAGACUUGUGAUAUCUCUAGUGUGGUGUAGCUGCAGAGAAAGGUUAGGAUGAUCUUUAUUUCCCCCCUUUUUUUUAAAGGUAGCUUUCCAUAGGAUGGUACUUUUCUUUUGCACAAGAAUCAAGCAGCUUGUUGAAAUGAUAAAUAACAUUUUGAUUUUUUUUUUUGGUCUGGAUUGGGCUGUAGAAAUGUUGAAGUUCUGUGGCCACAAGGUUCUCUGAGGAUAUUGUACCCGCCGCUGGUGU